AUGCCCUGCCAUGGUCGAAGACAGACACCGCUGGAACGCUUCGCAGAAUCCCUGCGGGCGCAGCAAAGCCAUGAGUCUGAGGAGGCGAUUCCGAUGAUGUUCCCAAUGUAUACGGUGCCCUUGGAGGAGCUGCUUCGGAUGGAGGAGGUGAGGCCUCACGAGCACCUGAAGGCUCGCGGUCUGGUCGUGCAGUUUGAUGCAAGCAUGGGCCGCGCGGCCUUCGUGUCGCACCAGUGGGUGGGUGGUGACCAUCCAGAUCCUCAGAGGAAGCAGCUGAAGGUGCUGCAGGAGGCCUUGCAGCAUGUCAUGGGCGACCUGACGCGCAUUCCCAUGGAUGUGGUGACAGAGGGCACUGCUCCCACUUCCAGGGAUCUGUCUACCCGUGAAUUUCGGCAACAGCCUCUGUUCCUCUGGUAUGACUACUUCUCCUGCCCACAGCUGGAGCAUGUCAGCCAAAGCUACCCCAGCUCAGAUGGGGCCUUCUGCAGCGAGCUGUCCAAAGCUGUUGACAGCAUCCCUGCCUACGUCGCCAAAUGCACCUUCUUCUUCGUCCUGUGCCCGGUGAUCGAAAGUGCGGAUCGAUCCCAGGUCUUCAGCCCCUGCACAUGGGCCGAACGAGGAUGGUGCCGUGUUGAGAGAACUGUCCGAGAGCUCUCCGAAACGGGCUCAUGGGUCAUGGUGAAGAGUGCCAAGAACCUCGAGGUCGUUGCGACGCCCGUGACAUCCUAUGGUGGCUCUCCUGGUGAAGGUACUUUUACCGUGGCGGCGGACCGUGGCAAGCUUGUGCCAGUCCUAACACAGGUGCUCCGACGCAGGCUACUGCACGACCUCAGAGCACGAGAUUUCGUUGCCUAUCGAUUGCUGCUGAACCUGCAGUCCAUCCACCUUCGUGGCCUUCCUGUGGAGCCUCUGCAGGACCUGGUCCCCGACUUUGAAGCCGAUGCGAGCUGGGACCCAGGGACGUUGGCCGUGGCCAGGUUCCUACAUCAAAACGGCUUCUCCCACGUCCGGGAAGUGGAUCGAGUCGGAUGGUCCCCGCUGUGCUACGCAUCCUUGAACGGCGAUCCUGUGCUGCUGCGUGGCCUCCUUGAGCAGCGUGCCAGCCCCAAUGAGCGAACGACCAAGGAGCAGCCACACAGUGGGAUUCCGAAAGGGGUGUCCGUCCUCGCCAUCGCCGCCACCUUCCGCCACAAUGCCGCCGUGCAACUGCUGGUCGAUGCCAAGGCAAAGGUGAACGUGGGCACCAACCCUGCCGUGACGUCUGCGGCCCUGGGGAACAAUGCGGAAGGCAUUCGCAUUCUUUGCAAUGCCGGCGGCAGUCCUCACGCGAAGAACUCUGCUGGCUUGUCGGCCUUCGACAUUGCUUGCGCUAUCGGCUCUGCUGCGGCUGUGGAGGAGCUCUUGGUGCAGUCUGGCUACGGCAUGAAAUUGUCGCGAGCACUGCACUUUGCUAUGUGGUUCCAAGGAGGCACAGCGCAUCUUGUCGAUCGCCUGAUUAUUGCCCGCGCAGACGUGGAUGAGCAGCUGAUGCAGCCCUUUCUGAGCCUGCUGGGCAUCGUCUGGGCUGCUUUAAGCCUUCGCCACCGCCUCGGUCAUUCCUCAACGCUGUCAAGGACCGCCUACCACAGCUACGGCGCCACGCCCCUGAUGUUCGCCGUCCUCACGGGACAGUACGAAGGUGCUGCCGCUCUCAUUGCCGCGGGGGCGCGGCUAGAUUUACAGAACGGACGGGGCCGAACGGCCGCAGACCUCGGGCGCGAGCUACGGGCACCGGAUUUCCUCAUGGAGGCACUGGAAGGGCGGCCGGCAGUGUGUCGGCGCAUGGCCUUCGUAGCCACGGCCAAAAGCUACCUUGAGACCGUGUCCUUCUGA